CGCCCACAAUGCCCUGGCUGCCUCUGGGUUGGCAAAAUCUAUCAUUGCCGUGAAUGCCGGCGUCUCGAACUCGCGGAGGGCGUGAUUUAUUGCUUAUAAACCAUGACACAGCGGUCAUCCGGAAUCCUUGCGCGUUGAAGUUACCUAUACCGUUGGCUACGUUGCGUGGCAAUGGGCUGCUGGAGGCGAACAUUUGCCGCACAGAGCGCUGGCUGUUGCUUAUAACAGGCUCCAUUAGCAGGCCUUCUGUGGCCAUGAUGCCAUGAUGCUUCCAUAGGUGAGUCGCUGGCGUUGUAAUUGCAUCAGUUACCUCGUACUUUCAUGCCCUCCGCAAUCAAUAACCUUCUGCUGAUGACAUAUACAGCAAAUGAAAAAGACGCGCUUAGGUUGCUUCUCCAUAACGCAGCGAUAGCCGUGGUCAUAAACCCAGCUUUUCUUGCGCGGCGGCUGCGAGAGCGGGUUCAUCAAACCAGGCAAUCGCGUCCAGUCAACACCCGUAAAGUCAUUUGCAAGGCGAUCAAGCUCCUCUGCUGCGCCCUUCCUGCUAUCAACACCAGCAACAGCGCUAUCAACGUGGUCAUCCAACACCUCUAUCGCGAUAGCCAGCCAGCAACACCUGUGACGGUUUAUGGAGUAUGGAGGUCAUGUGUGCCACGUGUGUUGGUGCUCUUGCUCUUUCCAACAAGCACCUCCUGCUCUUGACUGCACGAGAUACAUACGUCAUGUAAACAGACCCCGCUGGGGGUCGAGUGAGAGAACACUGAACAAGAACAACAAUAUACCGAUUUUUCUGCUUCGCGCGGUUACCCCUGACGUACUGCCCUGCGCGGUUACACCUUCACUUAUUGCAUUUACUGCAACAACA